GCAACUGAGAUGGCUGUCAGUAAAUCGAUUUUAUCCCUGACUGAGGAUUUAACCUGCUCCAUCUGCCUGUCUCUGUUUGUGGAGCCUGUGCGGCUGGACUGUUAGCACAACUUCUGUAAAUCCUGUAUAAGUGUUGGGAAAACCAAUGGUUUGCUGGGUCUUGUCCAGAAAGUCGAGUGGUUCUCCCCCGGGGAUGUUUCACCAGUAACAGGGUGUUGGCCAAUCUCUGAGAAAGCUCGACAACUGGAACUGAACCUAAAAGCUGGAGGAUUGUCUGCCUCACUGUGAGGAACACGGGGAGAAGCUGGUGCUGUUCUGCGAAGAGGAUGAGAUUCUGAUCUGUGCCAGUUGUGUAGGUUCUCCCCCACAUUCAGCCCACAGGUUCCUCCCUCUACAAACAGCAGUUCAAAACUACAAGGACCAGCUGAAAUUAUCCUUGGAUUCCAUGGAGAAUCAAAAGAAAAAUAAAAGUGAAUUAAAACAGCAGCAGGAGAGGAAGAUUUCCGAACUGGAUACAAAGAAAAACAUUUAAUUGAAGAGCUGAGGAGACAAAAGGAGGAAGAUCUGAGACUAAUGGAGGAGAACUUGAAAAGAAUUGAAGAGGAACUGACGUCACUUGAGAAGACAUUGAGUCUUUGUGUAGACAUCGAGCAGCAGGACAGUAUCUCCUUUCUCAAGGUACCUGGACGAAGAGGAGGAAGGGGAAGGUGCAGAGAGAGGUGACGUUGAGGAGAUACUGAUGUUUCCAAAAAGGAAAUACACAGGAUUUCGAGUCCCAUUACUCUACUCGAUGUGGAAGAAAAUGAAACAGGUCAUCUUUCCAGUCCCAGUCUCACUGACCCUGGACCCAAACACAGCGCAUCAUAAGCUCAUCCUAUCUGAAGACCUGACCAGUGUGAGAUACAGUGACACAGAAUUACUGCUUCUGGAUAAUGCAGAGAGAUUCGAUACAAGUGUCUGUGUCCUGGGGUCACAGGGAUUCACAUCAGGGAAACACUUACGGGAGGUGGAGGUCGGGGACAAAACUAAGUGGAUUGUGGGUGUGGCCAAAAAGUCAGUCAACAGGAAAGGAUUAAUAAGAAUGGGGCCUGAACAUGGUUACUGGACUGUGUGGCUUAGCAAUGGGAAUAACUAUGGAGCUAGAAAACCCAUUAGUCCAACUGACCCCGAGUAUAAAGCCAGGACUAUAGGAGUUUACUUGGACUAUGAGGGAGGACAGGUGAACUGUUACAAUGCUGAUGAUAUGGCCAUUCUCCACACUUUCACUGACACAUUCACUGAGAAACUCUUUCCUUUUUUCUAUCCUGGAUCAUGCAAUGAGGGUAAAAAUGGUGCUCCUCUUAAACUGCAUCAUUUUGAACCAUAGAUUCCUAUUUUUGUUUCAGAGAAUGUGUCCAUUACUGAGUGAGGAACUGUAAGAUACAGCAGGAUUGGGAAAGGGCCUUGGCAAUAAAUGGUGGAGAUGAGAGUGUCGGACGAGUGCAUUGUAAAUGUUCCUUGCUCUGAGCUCUUGGGCUAUGAUUGUGAUGUGACGUCCAUACACCUUUAAGGUUACAUAUCUUAAACUACUGUCAAUCGUUACAUACCUUAACAGGAUGUGAUGUAUUAGCCCCAUGACUUGUUAGUCAGUCAGCAAGCAGCAGGUGAGAAACCAGAUGUACUAUUCUUAGACUCCUAAUAAACCCAUCUGUAUAUAGUCUUAUCUUUAAAUAAAGAACCCACAUUAUUG